AUGGAUCCUCAAAAUUCUUCCUUAGAAAAGGACCUCGUCCAUGUACAACAAGUCCUAGCUCAACUUGGAUUCAAGUCCUCUUUAUCAGAACUUACACUCUCUCUUCAACCUUUGCUUCAAACUUCAGAUGAUGGCCGUUCAGAUUCUACUGACCAUGCUUAUACCCCCUCUACAACCUCUGAAGAUGAUCAAGUUGAUCAAGUUGAUCAAGAUGCUCAAGAUGCUCAAGAUGCUCAAAAUGAUCAAAAUGAUCAAAAUAAUCAAAAUUCUCCUGAACCUUCUACCUCUACCUCUACCUCUACCUCUACUGCUAAUGCUACUGCCACUACCACUCCUUCACAACCUGCUCCUCCUACAUCUACCUCAUCUAACUCUCAUGAAAAUCACUACAAUCAUCUCCAGCACCUACACCAACACCAACACCAACAUCAACACCAACAUCACCCCUCUUCUCCUUCAAACCUUCACCAUCCUAGAGCAUCCUCAUCAAAUCAACCAAGCAUCCUAUCAUCCCCUCCUCCACCCUCUGCCCUUACAAACCCUGUAGUUGCUCGCAACCUUUCCCCCCUCAACACAAAACGUGCUUCUUCUCCUUAUACUGCAAGCCCUCCCAUUGACUAUGAUGGUCUCUCAUGGCCAAGCAUUGGGGCCCGUAACCGUCUUGAAGCUACUCCAGCUGAAGCUCGUGCUCGUGAACUUCGAAUUGCUUCUGCUGUUCGUACCAUUCUUUCUGAGCUCGGAGAAGAUCCUGACCGUGAAGGACUUCUUGAAACUCCAGAACGUUAUGCUCGUGCUAUGCUUUUCUUUACAAAGGGAUAUGAGGAUAAUGUUCGUGAUGUCAUUAAUCGUGCACUUUUCGAGGAAGACCAUGAUGAAAUGGUUAUUGUUAAAGAUAUCGAUGUUUUCUCUCUUUGUGAACACCAUCUUGUGCCAUUUUAUGGUAAAAUUCAUAUUGGUUAUAUUCCAAACUCAAAAGUCUUGGGUCUUUCAAAACUUGCUCGCAUUGCAGAAAUGUUUGCCCGCAGACUCCAGGUUCAAGAACGUCUUACUAAACAAGUCGCUAUGGCUCUUUGGGAAAUCCUUCAACCUCAGGGAGUUGCUGUUGUCAUGGAAGCUUCCCAUAUGUGUAUGGUCAUGCGUGGUGUUCAAAAACCAGGCUCUAGUACUACCACUUCUUGUAUGCUUGGUCGGUUCCGUGAAACUCAUAAAACUCGUGAAGAGUUUUUGAGUCUUUUGAGAAGAUGA